GAUUACCAAUGUACGAUAUCCUGCUUGCAGUAGACAAAUGCUGUCAGUCCAGUUGGGUCUUCUCACCUUAGUUCAAAGUUUCCCCACUCCUUCAGACAUGCGACGCUCACUUAUACCAGGGGCGUUUAACAUAUCCUCCACCGGCAAAAACACGAACUGAUUUGAUGAAUAUUAUUGCCAAGGAUGAAUAUUCCCAUCGUAGAAUUCUUCACGGCAUCAUACAAUCUGCCACGGCAUAUGCAGAUGAAGUUGUUGCUUCGUGUAGUGCAGUCAGUGGCUCUGUGACGGGUAUAUUACUCUGAACGAAUCCAUGGAAGUGAUACCCAGGCGGGUAACUGCUGUGUUUGCUUUUUUAUGACCAUUACAUCGUCUAAAGGGGGGAGGGAGCUGCAAGCCACUUAAACCCAAAGAUGUGAGUCCUGCUGGCCAUUCGCUGUACAGCGCCACCUCUCGGUCCAAGCCAAAAUUGCAGCGCCUCCUUUCCUUCCGACUCUCCAAUGUUCACAGCUCGGCCGGAGACCGUCGUCUUCCCGGCUCCAUUUCAACAGGAUUUUUUACACUCCUAACCACCCCAGAUCAGCACAAGACCGAUUCUAAGGGGGAAAACAUGUCCAGUGAAAGACAACGAUCCGAUGACGAAAGUCCGAGCACCAGCAGCGGGAGUUCUGAUGCAGAUCAGAGAGACCCUCCCGUGCCAGAACCAGAAGAGCAAGAGGAGAGAAAGCAGCCCACACCUCCUCAGCAACAGAAGAAAGCAACCAAAUUGUCCAGCAAAACAACGGCGAAAUUGUCCACCAGUGCUAAAAGAAUCCAGAAGGAGCUAGCUGAAAUCACUUUGGAUCCCCCACCCAAUUGCAGUGCGGGACCCAAAGGAGACAACAUCUACGAAUGGAGAUCCACCAUCCUGGGACCCCCUGGCUCUGUGUAUGAAGGUGGCGUGUUCUUCCUGGACAUCACCUUCUCGUCGGAUUACCCCUUCAAGCCACCAAAGGUUACCUUCCGCACGAGGAUCUAUCACUGCAACAUCAACAGUCAGGGCGUGAUCUGCCUGGACAUCCUGAAGGACAACUGGAGCCCUGCGCUCACCAUCUCCAAGGUGCUGCUCUCCAUCUGCUCCCUGCUGACGGACUGCAACCCUGCGGAUCCUCUGGUGGGAAGCAUAGCCACUCAGUACCUGACCAACAGAGCUGAGCAUGACAGGAUAGCCCGACAGUGGACCAAGAGAUACGCUACAUAAGACGGCAGGAUCCUGCACCCACCCUCCCAUCCACCCCCCCCUCCUUCUAAACCCCCCUUCCCUUUCCCCCACCCCCGCACCACCCCCCCCCCCCCCCCCUGCCGCCGCAGUGUAAAGAUCCAGGAGGCAACUUUACAACGUGCAACAAAUCUUUAUAGCCUUUACAAUACGGACUUCUGUGUAUAUGUCAUACCGAUUCUGCCCCAAGUUUUUACCCAACGUGGACUGGGAAGAGAGAGCCCAACAGGUAAAGGCUGUCGGAGUAGAAUUUUGUAGCUGUAGAUUUAGUUAUGUUUAAAUGCCUACUUGCAAGUCUUGCUUCUUUGGGAUAUAAAAAUGUAUUUUGUGAUGUAAUAAGGAAACUGUUCCUAAAAGUCAACCAAAUAUUAUGGUGCAUUUUAGCCUAAUCCAUUAUCUGUAUGAAGUUAUGAAAAAUAUGAAAAAAAAACAACAAAAAAAAUCUAACGUAGAUUAUUAGAAAUGAUGUCAUUUAUAUGAAACCCAGAUCCAUUUCCAGUUAUGUGGUACAUGCUGUUGUGAACUCUGUUUUCCCCUUUGUCAGUUUGUAAUGAAGACAUUGAACGUUUUUGUAGCUCAGCAGAAAUGAGCCACCGCUGUAACAUCCCCCUUUCCCCCCCCUCCCCAACUCAAAACACAAUAAACUUGUCCCCCGGG